AUCGAUGCCUACCUAUAUCUAGUAAAAUGUUCCGAUCCGGUGCCAUAGUAAGCUUCAUGUUCAUUGUACCGUUAGCUGUAGUGAAAUCAGAAAAAUGUCCAAAUGUAAAUCCUGUGCCAAAUUUUAAUCUCACUGCUCUAACUGGGACGUGGUUUAAAGUCGCUAGAUAUAAAGAAGAUACAAUUGAAAAGACAGCAAACGGAACCAAUAUAACUCUUUCUUUUGUCAAGAACGACUUAACCUACUCCAUGUCUUCUUUCGUUGGUAAUAAGUUACACACGAUCAAUGGUACUAUCAAACCUGCACCUGAAGCUGAAGGUAAAGGGAUUAUAAUCUAUACAAUGGAAACAGAAGAUGGGACACAUUUACCAAAUGUUUAUAUUUACGUCUUGGCAAUAGACUAUCACAAAUACCUAAUUUUAUAUGACUGCAUCUAUAAUGAGAAAACUAAAAAAGCUACAGAGUUAGUAUGGAUAUCAGUCAGAAAUCUCCAUGUACAUAAGGACAUUGAAGAUGCAAUCAACGCUUUUGUAAACGCCAAUCAUCUUAUCAAUUUGGACAAACUCGUAUGGGAGAGACCAUCAGAUCACAAAUAUGCAUGAUUUUUAAGA